CUUCAGAUGCUGCUGUCCACCACAUCCUCGCCCCUCAACACGGUGAACCCCUCAUGAGGCGGGGAGCAACCUGCCACUAGCUUCACGCCACAUGUCACCUCACGACGUCUCGAAGCGCCCGCGGGCUUCAACCAGCAACGCCACCUCCCACACCUUUGUCUUCCCUUAUUCUUUACACUAACACCAGCCAACUCCAGAACCAAUUUUUUUUUUUUUUUUGAGAGAGAGAGAGAAACUCCAAUUCCAAUAAUUACAAGAUGGCAUCUUCCAUGGCUGCUGCGAUGGCUUCACAAUUCAUCUCCAAUAUCUCCCAUAACAACAACGGUGGAGCUUUCAGUUCAUUUGCAACAAUGUUAUCAAGCAGGGGAAUUGCUUCUUUGAAUAACCAAACAUCAGUUUACAAUGGCUUGAGAUCCCUGAAUAAGAUGGAUUCACUUGGAUUGCCAACCAAAACACGAAUAACACUGACGCAAGCUAAGAGGAGGGGAUUCUGUCACAAGAAUUGUAGACCUUGGGGGGUCAUCAUUUGUGGAAUUGGCAUGAACUUGGUCUUUGUUGGGACAGAAGUGGCUCCAUGGAGCAAAACUGGGGGGCUUGGGGAUGUUCUUGGAGGACUUCCACCAGCUAUGGCGGCUAAUGGACACCGAGUCAUGACAAUAUCCCCACGCUAUGAUCAAUACAAGGAUGCAUGGGAUACAAAUGUUCUGGUUGAGUUAAAAGUUGGGGAUGGAGUCGAAACUGUUCGCUUGUUCCACUGCUACAAAAGGGGAGUAGAUCGUGUUUUUGUGGAUCACCCUUUAUUUCUCGAGAAGGUUUGGGGAAAAAGUGGAGGGAAACUAUAUGGUCCUAAUGCUGGAACAGAUUAUGAAGACAACCAGCUGCGCUUCUGUCUUUUGUGCUUGGCGGCUUUGGAAGCUCCAAGAGUUUUGAAUCUCAAUAACAGCAAAUAUUUCUCUGGAUUAUAUGGGGAAGAUGUUGUAUUUAUUGCUAAUGACUGGCACACUGCUCUUCUUCCUUGUUACUUGAAGAGUGUCUAUAGACCAAAUGGCAUUUAUAUGACUGCCAAGGUGGCUUUCUGCAUCCACAAUAUCGCUUACCAGGGCCGAUUCGCCUUUGCAGAUUUUGAACUUCUCAAUCUCCCGAAUCAUUUCAUGUCUUCUUUCGAUUUUAUUGAUGGUUAUGAUAAACCUGUGAAAGGAAGAAAAAUCAAUUGGAUGAAGGCAGGAAUAUUAGAAUCAGACUGCAUCUUAACUGUGAGCCCAUAUUAUGCUACAGAGCUUCUUUCAGGUCCAGAAAAAGGUGUUGAAUUGGAUAACAUUCUUCGCAAGACUGGCAUCAUCGGGAUUGUGAAUGGGAUGGAUGUUCAAGAAUGGAAUCCAGCAACAGAUAAAUAUAUCAAUGUCAAUUAUGAUGCAACAACUGUGAGGGAGGCAAAAGCUCUUAAUAAAGAAAUGUUGCAAGCAGAAGUAGGGUUGCCUGUGGAUCGAAACAUCCCUGUUAUAGCUUUCAUCGGUAGACUAGAAGAGCAGAAAGGCUCAGAUAUUCUAGUAGCAGCUAUUCCUCACUUCAUUGAUGAGAAUGUUCAGAUAAUUGUUCUUGGAACGGGCAAGAAGAAAAUGGAGCACCAGCUUGAGCAGUUAGAAGUAAAGUAUCCAAACAAGGCUCGAGGAAUUGCAAAGUUUAAUGUUCCCUUGGCACAUAUGAUGCUAGCUGGAGCUGAUUUUAUCAUUAUUCCUAGUAGAUUUGAACCUUGCGGUCUUAUCCAAAUGCAAGGCAUGCAAGAUGGAACGCUGCCUCUUUGUGCCUCCACUGGUGGACUCGUCGAUACCGUCAAAGAAGGUGUAACUGGAUUUCAUAUGGGAGCAUUUAGUAUCAACUGCGAUGCUGUUGAUACAGUGGAUGUAACAGCAGUUGCAUCCACUGUCAAAAGGGCCCUUAAGGUCUAUGACACUCCUGCAUUCCAUGAGAUGGUUCAGAACUGCAUGGCUCAAGAUCUUUCCUGGAAGGGACCUGCGAAAAAAUGGGAGGAAGUGCUCUUGAGCCUGGAGGUGGCUGGAAGUGAACCUGGUAUAGAUGGGGAGGAGAUUGCACCACUUGCCAAGGAAAAUGUGGCCACUCCCUGAAAGGUUUAGCUGUAUAACUUUGUCAGUGUUGUUCCAAACUACCACCAUUUGGAUCUGAUAUUCUUGUGGAUCUUUUCCAAGUUGUUCAUGAAUGCUGUCCAUACAUAUGGUGAGACAAUGCACUGAACAUAAAGAGACACUACAUGCUGGUCUUAGUUGAUAGGAGUGGGAAAAGCAUAACUGAUUGCACAAGGCCAACCUCUUCUUGUAUAUCGUUGUGUUGAAGACUUGUAUUAUUUCACUUGUAAUGCCAAAACGAAUAAAUAAAGUCCCAUAUGUGAAGUUUAUUCAUUAA